UAUAUGCGUAUUAGAUGCGCAUCUUUACUUCGUCUAUAAAGGUUGAUUACCUGUGGCUCGUGAUAGUGCGACAGUUUAUCACUGGAUCAGGGUGGCUCUGAUAUCUAAAGAUUAUAUUUACCUUCGACAGGGGGUGAAAAUCGUAAGGUAACCGCGAACAUACCAAUCUGGAUUGUAGGUGUUUAUUGUACUCAUAAAGGAAUUAAUUUCCUAAAAUUUAAAUGCAUCUCCAUCGUAAGGAUUUGACCAAAUUUCGAUAACCUCUAUUAUAUAAUCGGCUUAUGAGUGGAGCGAUUAAGCACGGAAAAGGCACCAGUUUGGAGCAUCGAGGGUGUUCAAGACUCUGCAGAUCCAGAAUGGUGACGAGUUUGGAUGACAUUAAAUCUCUCCGCUUCUGGAGAGCGGUGGGAGCUGAGUUUCUGGGAACAUUGCUGCUCACAAUGAUCGGAUGCGGUUCUGUGGUGACUUGGGAUGAAGAUGGGAAAUUAGUGCAGAUUGCUCUCUGCUUUGGACUCAGUGUUGCAACUGUCGUCUGGAUCAUUGGUCACGUGAGUGGAGGCCAUAUCAACCCAGCAGUAACUAUUGCUUUCUUCGUUACUAGGCGCAUCAGCCUGGCUCGUGGUAUCUUUUAUAUCAUCAGCCAGUGUGCUGGUGCAGUUGUAGGUGCAGCAAUUCUAUAUGGCUUGACGCCUGCAAGUCACCGCGAAAGUGGCUCCCUUGGAUUGACCAAAGUGAAUCCUUCGCUAACAGGUGCUCAGGCUUUUGGAGUAGAGUUUUUCGUCACGCUUGUCUUGGUAUUGACUGUCUUUGCGUCCUGUGACAAGAAAAGAAGAGAUUUGAAUGGAUCCUUUCCUUUGUCCAUCGGUCUGUCUGUUACUAUGUGCCAUUUAUUUGCAAUCCAGUACACGGGCUCCAGUAUGAACACUGCCAGGAGUUUUGGUCCUGCUGUCGUCAUGGGUUACUGGGAAUACCACUGGGUAUACUGGUUGGGCCCUCUAUUGGGCGGACUUGUCGCCGGGCUUCUCUAUGACAACGUAUUCGCUACCAACGCAUCCCUCCUAAAGGCGCGCGGGUUUCUGCUAUCAAGUCAGUACGACACGGAGAAGUUUCCCGCCAGUAAACCUAAGAUCCGGGUGAUUGAGGAGGAGGAUGAGGAGGGGGAGGAUGACAGGGACCCCCUCAGCAGCUCAUUCGACUCCCACAGGGAGGAGGAGAAGAGGCCCGAAUCUCCAUAGCAACUGGUGUCCAAAGCUUUAACAACAUACUCGCAUGCUUUAUAAAUGAAUCUUUUAUAAAAAGAGAGUCAGACUGAGGCGAUUUCUUCACAGCUGCUGUUUCUAGAAGGACAUUUUCUUUUAAAUUUUGUAAACUUUUUCGUGUGUGUAGAACUGUAGAUGUAUAUCAUUGUAUGGAUGUGUAUGUUUCAAAUGCUUCAUGUGUAAUUGUAAUAGGUGUAUCUUACGUCUGAAAUACAAUUCUGAAUUGCU